AUGGCAAAGAAGGAUAGGUUUCCUGAUGCUUAUUCCGGUGGAUUUCCUCACAAUGAAGAAUCUGAAGGGUCUGGUUGUUCUGGACGUGAUCAUAUGGAGACAUCUGGCUAUGAGAACUCAAGUGGCCAUAGAAAGAAAUGGAUUAAGUUGAGCUCUGCAUUGCAUGAUGGUUUUGGUGUGCCUAUACAAAGCGUCCCCUUGUCAACACUGCCAUCUUCUGACAAACAGAAGUGGUUACUUCGGUUGCGAUCUGAACUUGAUCAAGUGAGGACAUUUCAGAAGAGAGUGGAUGUGGACAGGGCUCAUGUAACAAUGUCAUCUUCCAGCAAUAUCAUUAGCUCCAACAAAGUUCAAGGAAACCUAACAAACUUGAGGAAAUCAAUUGAUCCACAAGCUCAGAAGGCACGAGGCACAAAUCCAGGUGUUAAAAGGUUACAAUCUGUAAAUGAACCAGCUUUACCAGAGACUUUCAGUCUACUUUUGAGGAAACAGUGUGAGAACUUGUUAAAGAAGUUAAUGACGCAUCAGCAUGGUUGGGUGUUCAAUAAACCUGUUGAUGUUGUUGCCCUGAAAAUUCCAGAUUACUUCAACGUUAUCAAGAAACCCAUGGAUUUAGGGACCAUAAAAGUUAAACUCAGCUCAGGCAAUGAUGUGCAUAUCAUGGCAGAUAUUCUUAGUAAGUUUUUUGAACUAAGAUGGAAGCCUAUUGAGAAGAAACUACCAGCAAAUGGUUCUCAACAACAACAACAACAACAACAACCACCAGUUCAUGAAGUGAUUGAUUUAGUUAAGCCAAUGCCUCCUUCAAAGAAGAGAAAAGUUACCUCAAUACAAGAAAAGCUGUUGCCUGAGCCAGUUAAGUUGGUGAUGACAAAUGAAGAAAAACAUAAUCUAAGUAGGGAGUUGGAAACUCAUAUGAGUGAUCUACCAGAUAAUAUCAUCGACUUUUUGAAGAAACAUGGUUCAAAUGGUAGUGAAGCUGGAGAAGAUGAGAUUGAGAUUGAUAUUGAUGUUCUUAAUGAUGUGGCUCUGUUUGAAUUACGCAAGAUGUUGGAUGACCAUGCUCGAGAGAAACAAACCCAUGCAAAAGCAGAACCUUGUGUCAUUGAGCUUUUAAAUGAAUCAGGGCUUAGUAACUCAACUAUGCAGUUAUACAAAGGGAAUGAUGUUGCGGAUGAGGAUGUAGAUGCUGGUGGGAAUGAGGCUCCUGUUUCAAGCUAUCCUCCUGUUGAAUUAGAUAACAGAAACAACAACAAACAGACUACUUCAGGAGGCGUCUCUAGUGAUUCUGAUUCUAGCAGUGCUUCUGAAAAGGAGGUAAAAGAUGUUAAAGCUUCUACUUCGUUUACUGGGGCAAAGCAGCAGGAGGAUGAGGAUAGGAAUGGUGGUGGAACAGAUUCGGAUGAGAAGACAGACAUGAAGCAUUCAGCAGGAAAUAAGUGGGUCUCAGAUGGUGAAGAAAAUUCACAGCAGAGCCAGAAGCCAAACAAAAUGAAUGAUAGUAGCCAGAAGGAGAAGGACGAUGAUGGGGAAGGGGAUGAAAACGAGAGACAGGUGUCACCUGAUAAGCUGUACAGGGCUGCACUUUUGAAAAACCGUUUUGCGGACACAAUUCUAAAAGCUCGAGAGAAAACACUCCACCAGGACGAAAAAGCGGACCCCCAGCAACUUGAAAACCAAAAAAGGAAAGAAAAAGCGCGACUGCAAGCAGAAGCCAAGGCAGCAGAAGAUGCUCGAAGGCGAGUGGAGGCGGAAGCUGCUGCCGAAGCAAAACGGAAAAGAGACCUGGAGAGGGAAGCAGCCCGACAAGCAUUAUUGAAGAUUGAAAAGACGGUUGAGAUCGAUGAGGCUUCUCGGUUUCUGAAAGACUUGGAAAUGCUAAGGGCUGCAGAGCCAGACCAGAUGUUACCGAGUUGCUUAGAUGAGAUAAGCCCUGGCCCUGAGUCACAGGAUGGGUCUGGGUCAGGGUCGGGUUCGGGUUCGGGUUCGGGUUCAGGAUUAGGGAGUUUUAAAUUUGGAGGCACCAAUGCUUUGGAACAACUAGGCUUAUAUAUGAAAAGGGAUGAAGAUGAACAUGAAGAAGAGGAAGAGGAAGAGGAAGAACCACUUGCUUUUGUGGGUGUUGGGGUAGUAAAUAAUGACGUCGAAGAGGGUGAAAUCAACUGACUGCUGUUGCUGCUGCUUGCUGAU